AUGGGAGUACUGACGGUGAAUGUGCUUUGGAAAGAUGGAGAGACGACGAAGAAGACGAUGCAGUUUGACCCAAAAAUGCUUGUCUUUGACGUGAACAAGAUGAUCCGCGAGAAGCUCGGUCUUCGUGAUAUUAAACACACAGAAUACGGACUUCUCAAAGUGGCAGACGAGGAGACGAAAUGCGUUUGGAUGGAUUCGGGAAGAUCUCUUGAGCACUACCUCGUUCGAAAUCAAGACACCGUUGAGUACAGGAGAAAGAUUCGAUUGUUGAAAGUGCGAAUGCUGGAUCAAGCGAUCAAAACUGUGCCCGUUGAUGAGAGUCAACCCGUUCAGCAGCUCAUGACGACAAUUUGCGCAAAGAUUGGCAUCAGUAAUUGUGAUGAGUAUAGCUUGGUUCGUGAAUCUGAUCAAAAAGAUGGAAAGGGACGCUCACAGCAUAAUCUUCGAGAUAUAAGAGAUCGGGCACAAGAGGAAAAUCAAAAGAAAGACAAGGGGAUUAUUUCGGGAACUCUUGGGAGAAAGAAAGAACAAAAAAUGGAACAACUUAGACAAAAACUUCACACCGACGAGGAGAUCGCCUGGGUGGAUCAUCACAAAACUUUGCGUGAACAAGGAAUCGGAGAAGACGAGACUCUUCUUCUCAAAAGACGCUACUUCUUCUCGGACACAAAUGUGGACAGUCGAGAUCCCGUUCAGUUGAAUCUUCUCUAUGUGCAAUGUAGAGAUGGUGUGCUUUCGGGCGCUCAUCCCGUUCAAAAAGACACCGCCAUGACUCUCGCCGCUCUUCAGUGCCAGAUUCAGUAUGGAGAUUUCCCUGAGAACAAGCCGAAAUUCGUUAUCGAUGCUCGUGAUCUGUUGCCGAAAGAGUAUGAGAAGAAACGUUCCGACUAUGAGAAAGAUAUUACUCAGAUGUACAAGGAGCUAUCGGGAACACCGGAAUUGGAUGCUAAGAGUCGCUAUGUUCAUCUUUGUCGUGGACUCAAGACCUAUGGAGUCACUUUCUUUGUUGUCAAGGAGAAAGUCCUUGGAAAGAACAAGCUUGUGCCACGACUUCUCGGUGUCAAUAAAGAUUCGGUCAUGCGUGUCGAUGAGAAGACAAAGGAUAUUAUCAAAGAAUGGCCGCUAGAGCAAGUGAGACGCUGGGGAAACACUGGGAACACGUUCUCGCUGGACUUUGGUGACUAUCAAGAAGGCUACUAUUCAGUGCAAACACCAGAGGGAGAACGAGUCGCCGCGCUUAUUGCUGGCUACAUCGACAUCAUUUUGAAGAAGCGGCGAACGGUUGACCACCGCGGUAUUGAGGGAGAUGAGGGAUCGACGAUGUUGGAGGAUAUGGUCGCACCGGCAAGAGCUACUUUAGUGGCUCACGGUCAAAUCGGAAACGGACAACAAUCGGCGGUGCACGGAAACGUGGUUGUGCCUGGAGUACUCCGCUCGACUGCUUCUCCAUCAGGAUAUGGCAUCAAUGGAGCUCAAUAUGGAGCCGUUUCUGGGCAAAUCAUUGGACAGAGCAUGCCACGGGGUGAACGUGUGCGCGUCGUGCAAAGUCAAGAACAUCCACAACGAGCCCUUAUUGGCACAAUCGAAGCCUCAAUUCGAGCAGUCGAUGAAGCCGAAGAGGAACUGCAGAAAGAACCGGAAAUCGAGCUACCGAAAUUCCCCGAGGAUCCGAACUCAAGAAGAUGGGUCGAGCGUCAACGCGAGGUCGGCAAAGAGAACGUCAACGAGCGCUUGGCGGCCAUGGGAGCCGCCACUGCACAGGUUGUUCAAUGGACAGCCGUACAAGAGGAAUACGAUGAUCGAGUCGGCUCAGCGAUUGCCACAAUUGGAGGAAAUUUGCCUGAGAUGGGUCGCGAUGUGCGCGAUUUAGCCGUCCUUUUGCCGAAUCGUGGAGAUCUUAUUGAUGCGGCUCGUCGUCUUUGCGGCGCUUUCGGCGAUUUCCUCACUUCGGUCAAUCCAGAACACGAAGAGAAGAGAACAACGGUGUUGGCAGCGGCCGGCAGAGUUGGAGAGGCUUCGCGUGAGGUAAUCACAACAAUCGAAGAGCCGACCUCACAGGAAACAACUUUCCAUUCAGAACUCGUGCAAAAGUCAAAAACUGUCGCUACAUCAACGGCUCAACUUGUGCUCAGAGCAAAAACCGUUGCCGCGGAAUGCAAGGAGAACGAGCAAGUGCAGGAUCGGGUGAUUCGAUCGGCCACACAAUGCGCUUUUGCCACAUCACAAUUGGUGUCAUGCUCGCGUGUGGUGGCGCCAACCAUCGAGAACAAAGCUUGUCAAGAACAGUUGACACAAGCUGCCAAGGAGGUGGCCACCGCUGUCGAGGAUCUCCUUCACGAAUCGAAUUACGCCGUUCAAACAGUACAACGUGGACAUCAGACUUUGGGUGAUUUGCACGAAGCGGCACGUCAAGUGACCGCUGCUUUGGAUGAUUUACUGGAUCAUGUGAAAACCUCACCAAAGGGUGAGCAGAAACACGAGGAACAAGAGUGGGAAAGAGUGCUGCGCUCAUCGAAUCGAUUGGUCUCACACCAAGGACCGUCACAGGAUCUCGUCAAACAAAGCGAAAGUGUCGUCCGUCACUCCCAGCUUCUCGUCGAGGAAUUCGAGUCAAAGGCGGCUCAACAUCCCGAGCACAAGGAUCGUCUCCUCGACGCGGCUCGAAAAGUCGCCUCAGCCACUAGCAAUAUGAUCGAUGCGACAAAAGAAUGCGAAAAUCGCCCGAACGCUACCGAAUCGCAAAUGGCGGUUCGCUCGGCGGCCGAAAGACUCGUCACUGUCACAAAUGAGGCCACAGCCGAUCAACAAGAGAAGAAAACGAUGGAAAGAUUGGAGCAAGCGGCAAAAGAUGCUGUCUAUCAUGCGACACAAACUGUCACCGCAGCUCAUCAAGUGAAGGAAAAAGAGAAGCGCCAUCGACGAACUGAAGUCACUGAGGAGUUGUUGAUCGAUGACGAUCACCAGGAGCUGAUCAAAACAAAGACUGUCACCGAGACAUUGAUUGUUGAGUGCACUGAGACGGCCAAUCAACUACAACAUGUGAUCCCAUCGAUUCGCGAGAGUCAACAAGCGACAACGCCACAUCAGAAAUUCCGCGCACAAUCACGACUCAUCCGACAAUCGCAUCAUUUAUUGGAGCCAGCCACGCGUUUGGCUGAUGUGGCUCAUCAAGCCGUUGUGCAUGUGCCCGAGCCGCAUAUGGCCGCUCAUCUACAGGCCACUUCGACCCAACUGCACACACAACUCGCCGAGCUACGAACUGCGCUCAAUAAUGCGCAACAGUUGAACUUUGACCAACAACUCAUUUACUCGGAAGAAUUGAUCAAAGAACUUGAUGAAGAGUUGAAAGAAGUGCAAAGAAGAGCACAUGAGGGAACGCUAGAAGUGCCAAGAAAUAUCACACACGAUACAGCGAAUGCACAGCUCGUUGGAGCCGCGAGACAAGUUGGCGCCACACUCGCGCAACUCGUUUCCGCUGCGUCAGUUCGCGAUCGUCAACACACCGGUGCCUCAGCGGUGGAAGCAGCACAAUCAUUGCGCACAUUUACGGACGCUGUUCGCACGACGGUUGCCAGUCGUGGACCAGAUUUCCCAGUUGAUCAAUUCAUUGUCUCAUCUCGAUCUGUUGUUGAUCAAUCGGGAAGAAUCUUUGACAAAUGUCGUGAAGAAGCGCAUCCACAACAAUUGGCUGAUGUUGCUAAACAGGUGUCCACCUCACUUCGACAAGUGAUCGCUUGUCUCCCCGAUAAGCAGCACAUCGAGAGAGCGAUUCAGCAAGUCCGUCAAAUCGGUGCUACAUCGGUGGUUCGGGAGCCGGAUGUACGUGUGGCGGCUUCUCGUCUAGUCGAAGCCACCUCUUCACUUCUUGUCGCUGCUCGUCGACCAUCGCACGCUGAAAGUGUCAACGUCUUCGUGCACUCGUACACCGAUUUCCAUACAGCUGUCAUUGCUGCUAUCAAGGAACAAGCACACAUGGAACAACGCGCGGCCACCAUCGAUCACUUGGAGAACGCGCGAGAGGGAGCAGUCGAAGUGUUGACGAGAGUGGCCGCCAUUUCAUCGAACGGCGACGCAGCUCACACGCAAAUGCUCACUCAUGCCACGAAGACGCUCACAGAAACGGUGAACACUUUGAUCGAAUCAGUCUCCCGAGAACAACCGUGGCAACGCGAGUGCGACGCAGCACUCCGACAAAUCCACUCCACCGCCGCCACCGCCGAUCAAGCAAACUUGCCGCUUAAUGAGGACUCGUACUUUACAUCACUGGAAAAGGUAACUGAGCACGCGCGUCGUCUCGGUGAGGCGAUGAACAGCUUGGCAAGGAGCACGAAACACGAAGACAAUCAAUCGUUUUGCCAAUCGGUGCGCCAAUCCGCUGACGCGGUUUGCUCACUCGCCGAAUCGGCUACCCAAUCGGCUUAUCUCGUCGGCGUGGCGCAUCCACGAUCGAUCCGGGGCACAACGGCGCUCAUCGAUGCUCCAAAAGUAACACGAUCGGCCACACUUGUUAAGCAGGUGUGCGAGCGGAUCGAGCAACAGCGCUACACUCAGGCUGAGAUCCUCGACGAUGCCACCGUUGUCGCCAAGCACACCUCACAGCUAGCAAACUUGUGCCGAACGGCUAGCGAGAGGACGAACAACGUGAAUGUGAAGAAACAGUUCAUCAAUUGUGCGCGGGAAGUGGCCUCAAAAACGGCUGAUCUUAUUCACAAUGUGAAGCAAUUGGACGCACAGCCUAGCCCACAGAAUCAAACGCAUUGCUCACACGCAGCAACUGAGCUGAGGUCGGCCACAGAACAGCUGGAGACUUAUGUGCAGAAUCCGGAUUUUGCUGCCAAGCCGGCUACGAUCAGUCCGGCUGGACGGGAUGCGCAGAUUCCAAUUCUUGGCAACACCAGAUCGACGCUUGAGACGAGUGCGCAAAUGAUCUCCACGGCAAAACUUCUGGCUGCUGCACCUCGAGAUCAACAAAUGUGGCAACAAUUAGCCGACAAUUCUCGUGGAGUGUCUGAAUCGAUUAAACGCCUCGUGACAGCGAUUAGAGAUGCGGCACCUGGGCAACGGGAACUUGAUCACAAUAUUCGACAAUUGGAAGAGUUGAUCCGUGCUGUUGACAAAUCGAUGAUGGACGCGCAAGUGAACCCAGCAAAGCACUCGACAACUGUCGAGAAACGCGUUCAUCAGCAGAUCCUCCACUACUCGCAGAAUCUCCAUGACAAGGUCGAGCCACUCAGAUCGGCAGCCAUCGAUAAGAGCGAAGAGUUGGCGCAUCAAGUCGAUGAGCACUGGCAACUUACGCAACCGUUGGUCGACGCAGCCGUUCAAGCGGCCACCUCAUCGCAAGAUUCGCACAGCCAGCUGAAACUCUUUGAUCAGUGUCGCACCGUUGUCGAGGCCGAGUUGCAGAUGAUGUACGCGUGUAAAGACUCUGCCGGAAAUCCCCGAGCCACCGAGGCGCACUCGAGAGUCGAAGAAUCGGCUCAACAGUAUCGCGAGGCGUUGACUGACAUGCGGAACACAGUGAAUGCAAUCACUUCGGAACAAGGAGUCACUGAGGGAAUGAUUGAGACGAUCUCGAGAUCGAUUGCUAUCACUGACUCAGCGGCGUCGGCUCAACACACCUCUGGCUCGUUUGCUGAUGCGCAAACGGGAAUGACCCGCUUGUUGGAGGAGAUCCGGAGAACGGCUUCUGACAUGCCUUACGCUGAGCCACCACAUUUGGGAUCAAUGUCGUUGAAUAUCAGCGAACGAUUUCAUCAGUUGGCUCAAGAGUGUGCUCGAGCUCAAGCCUUGCUCCCGAACAUGCCCGAUUUGGCCACAAAGUUGAAGGUUGCCGUCCAAAAACUGGGCACUUCAUGCACCGAGCUUGUCAUCAAAGCCGGACACCGACGCGCGCAUCCAGCUGAUAUGAGAACAAAGCGCGAGCUUCUCGACCAUUCACAGCAUGUUGUUGAACGCGUACAAGAAGUGCUCGCUGUGUUAAACAUGGAACGCAAAGGGAACUCAGGCUUGCAUCAACGCUGCAAACACCCCAAGGCGCUUGUCGAAGAUACAAAAGCUUUGGUCGCUGGAGCUGCAUCGAAUCAAGAACAACUCGCUGUGGCUGCUCAGAAUGCGGUUCGAACGAUCGUCUCGCUUUCAGAUGCUGUCAAGAAUGGAGCCGUCUCAUUAAGCAAUUCAAAUUCCGAAGCACAGGUACUUGCUCUUCACGCGGUUCGCGACGUGGCCUCAGCACUGUGCGCUUUGAUCCAGGCGACGAAAAACGCUACCGGUUGCUCUCUUCACGAUCCAGCGAUGAACAAUUUGAAAGAAGCUGCCAAAGUGAUGGUUUCAAAUGUGACCUCAUUGCUGAAAACGGUUCGCUCGGUGGAGAGCGAACAAAUGCAGGGAACGAGAGCUCUCGAAGCCGCCAUUGAUGCCAUCAAUCAGGAAUUGAGAUCAUUCGAGAGCAGUACCGAGGGUCCAUCACAAGUGGUGACUCCUGAACAGUUGGUGCGCGCUGGUGGUCACGUCACCCAGGCCACUUCGCGGUUGGCCAACGCCGCCGCGUCGCUCAACCAAAAUGAUGUGAUCGCUGCAGCUAAUUUGGCUAGAACCGCCGUUUCGGGAAUGUUGGCCACUGCGAGAAACGCGGCGGCUGAUGCCGAUUCGCCGGAUGCUCGCUACAGAACGCUGGACGCGGGAAGAGAUGUCGCUACACAGGUUCGCGACCUUUUGGGCUCUCUUCAUCGAAUGUUGGAGCGAAACAAUCCCGAGGCUAAACAAGCGCUGCUGGAUUCGGCUCGUGGAGUCGCCAGAGCUGUAAAAGAUCUCACUGGAUGCGCUGAAACGCUAAAGGGAGAUGAUUGGCAAGACGCAAGCGAUCCGACGGUUGUCGCUGAAAACGAGCUACUCGGCGCCGCGAACGCAAUCGAAUCGGCGGCGGUGAAGCUGGCCGAGCUGAGGCCACGUCCACAGCCGAAAGUUGACGACAAUUUGACGUUUGAUGAGCAGAUUUUGGGAGCCGCUAAAUCGGUGACGAAUGCCGUGCAGACUCUAGUGAGAGCUGCUGGAAGUGCGCAAAGGGAACUCGUCGCACAGGGAAGAAUCGACGCUAGAAGCCCAGGCGGUGGAGAGGAUUAUCAAUGGUCGGAGGGACUUGUCUCAGCGGCUAAGCUUGUUGUCGCCGCUGUGCACCAACUCUGCGAGGCGGCAAAUGGUUUAGUGCAAGGACAGGCCAGCGAGGAGAAAUUGAUCUCAGCUGCUAAACAGGUAGCUGCCUCAACGGCUCAGCUGUUGAUCGCUUGCAAUGUGAAAGCUGACAGUGACAGUCAAGCAAGGGGAAGACUUCAGUCGGCUGGCCAUGCCGUGAAGACAGCCACUGAGCGUUUGGUUCGAGCGGCGCGUCAAGCAGCCACGGCAGAGGACGAGAGACAUUAUGCAAUUGCUGAAGGAAUGGUUUCGGGCAUCGCGCAAGUGAUGGACGCUCAAGAAGAGGUGCUUCGCAAAGAGCGCGAGCUUCAAUCAGCCCGUGUGAAACUCGCCGAGAUGAACAAGGCUCGCUACCGGAAUCAGCCACAAGAUGAA